AUUUAAAAUAAUUUUUUGGUUGAACUUAAAUGAAAUAGCGACGACCUUUAAUAUGCAGCUCUCACGUGACUUCGCGAGAGUUGCUACGUCACACUCAUUGUAGGAGAGGAAGCUGAAAAAAUGGUGGAUGUAUGCAACUCUUUCGUAACGUGGCUACAUCGUAUGCCUAUGUUGUGAUAUACUAUAGUUGAAUAUCUUCUUACAUUGUAUCUUGUGAAUUAAGCUAGUUUUAAAUAUCUAUUAGUUACUAUUUUUCGGAAUUAAUUCAGAAAUUAACGUGAUUUUUAUUUUUAUCGUGCUGUAAUGCCGCAAUGGAUGCCAUCAUUCUGUCUGCCAUCUUGAUGCGAUAAUAAGCAAAGCGAUGCUUUGAUUUCGUGAGCUUAUUUAGACUUGCGAUUUCAUUUAAAAACAUUUUAUUUUUCGCUACGCUACGGUUUUGAACUUGAAUAUUUCUUUAACUAUCGAAAAUAAUAAUUUUUGGAUUUUGCUCCAUGUGAGAAACUAUGGAUAAGGAAGAGGAAUCACAUGGAUUAUCUACAAGUGGUGAAUUAUCCUCAAGCAUAAGCAAUGAUAGGGAUUCAUCUGCUUUGAACCAGACUCUAGAUUCAACUAAUGAAAAUUCUGGCAGUGACUCAGAUUCAGAUUCUAGCUCAGGAUCUGGUAAAUCUGGCUCUGCAUCAAAAUCAGAAGAUGAAAAAUCUAAUUCUGGGAGAUCAGCUAAAAGUUCAAAUUCAGGAUCUAACAGUGGCUCUGGAUCUGACUCUGGCUCAUCCAAUAGUGGUUCUGACUCAGGAUCUGAGUCAGAAGCAGAAAGUCAUGGGUCUGCUAAAGAUGCUAAAAUUAAAAAAGAGAAGCAGAGUUCACAUUCAGAAAAUGAGUCUGCUCAUAGUGAAGAAGAUAGCAAAAGUUCCCAUGGUAGUUACAACUCUAAGGCAACUAAAGCAAAAGAUGUUAAACGUUCUCCGAAAGGCCGUCGUGAUUUAGAUGAUCUUAAAACGCUUUGGGAAGAGAACCCUGAAGAAUUUGGUAUACGAAGGUCUGGUAGGUCAAGAAAAGAGCCAGAAAGGUACACAAUUGGAGAUGAAUCUGAAGAAAGUGAUAGUGGACAAAAAAGGGAUUCAAAAGGCGGAAAGCGUGUCAAGAGGAAGCAAUCUCAAGACUGGAAGGAAUCUAAUAGUGAUAGUGACAGUGAUGAUAGUGCUUAUCAAAGUAAGAGGUCUGCACCUAGAAAUAAAUCUACUCAUUCAGAAAAGAGAAGACCUGUUAAAACUUCAAGCUCUAAGAAAAGGGUCAAACCUAAAAAGAAGGGGCAUAAUUCAUCAGACGAAGAUUAUUACGAUUCAGAUGGUAGUGAGAAACAAGUUCCAUUACGGCAGUCCAGAAAGAGUGUUAGCUAUAAAGAGCAAAGUGCAGACGAAACAGAUUCAGAUGAUCUUGUUGAAAUAGAAUAUACUGAAACUAUAAUGGAGGAAGAGACUGCAGAGUGCAUUGAGAAGGUACUUGAUCACCGUACUGGCAAAAAAGGAGCAACUGGAGCCUGUACUACUGUUUAUGCUGUGGAUGAUUUUGGUGACCCAAAUACUGGUGAAGCUACUGAAACAGAAGAACAAUUUUUGAUAAAAUGGAAGGGCUGGUCUUAUUUGCAUAACACAUGGGAAACAGAAGCGACCCUUAAAGAACAAAAAGUUCAAGGAAUGAAGAAGCUUGAAAAUUACAAGAAAAAGAAUGACGAGCUGCUAGAAUGGAAAUCUUUUGCUUCUCCUGAAGAUCUUGAAUACUAUGAAUGCCAGCAGGAGAUGUCAUUAGAUGUUCAUACUCAACAUAUGCACAUGGAAAGAAUUAUUGCUCAUGGCCCAUCGAAGAGUGGUGAUGGUACUGAAACAGAAUAUUUUUGUAAAUGGUCUGGUUUACCGUAUAUAGAAUGCACUUGGGAAGAAGGUAGUCUAAUAUCCAAGAAAUUUCAAAGUAAAAUAGAUGAAUAUUUUGUGAGGCAAAAAAAUCAGAAGAUACCGAGCAAAGCUUGUAAAGUGCUUAAGAUCCGUCCAAAAUUUAUACCUCUUAAAACUCAACCUAAAUAUGUUGGUGGUCCUAAUGAUUUGGAGCUCAGGGACUACCAAUUAGAUGGUCUUAAUUGGUUGGCAAAUUCUUGGUGCAAGGAAAAUAGUGUUAUUUUAGCUGAUGAAAUGGGACUGGGUAAAACUAUCCAGACUAUUAGUUAUCUGAACUAUCUAUACAAUCAGCAUCAACUUUAUGGGCCAUUUCUAUUGGUUGUUCCUUUAUCAACAAUGACAUCUUGGCAAAGAGAAUUUGAACAAUGGGCCCCAGAAAUGAAUGUUAUUAUUUAUCUUGGUGAUGUGAAUAGUCGAAAUGUGAUAAGGCAAUAUGAAUGGCAACAUCCUGGUAACAAAAGGUUGAAAUUCAAUGUUCUAAUUACUACUUAUGAAUUGCUUCUGAAAGAUAAGGCAUUUUUGGGAAAUAUAAGCUGGGCUGUUCUUGGAGUAGAUGAAGCUCAUCGAUUAAAAAAUGAAGAUUCAUUGCUGUAUAAAUAUUUGUAUGAGUUUGAUACGAAUCAUCGUUUACUGAUCACUGGAACACCCCUUCAAAACUCACUUCGAGAACUUUAUGCUCUUCUGCAUUUUAUAAUGCCUCAAAAGUUCUCCUCUUGGGAAGAGUUUGAAGAGGAGCAUAAAGACACAGCUGAUAAAGGCUAUCCUAAACUGCAUAAACAACUUGUACCUUAUCUAUUAAGAAGAGUAAAAAAAGAUGUUGAGAAAUCAUUACCUGCUAAAGUUGAACGAAUAUUGCGUGUUGAAAUGACGACUGCUCAGAAACAAUUUUAUCGUUGGAUUUUGACUAAAAAUUAUAAAGCUCUUAGUAAAGGAUUGAAAGGAAAUGUUUCAAGUUUUUGUAAUAUAAUAAUGGAAUUAAAGAAGUGUUGUAACCAUGCUUUUCUAAUAAGACCUGUUGAUAAUACUAAUAACUUGGACCACUUACAACACUUAAUUCGUUGCAGUGGAAAGUUAGUGCUAUUAGACAAACUCUUGUGCCGUCUAAAAGAAACUGGCCAUAGAGUGCUCAUAUUUUCUCAGAUGGUCCGAAUGUUAGACAUUUUAAGUGAUUACAUGCAGCUACGUCAUUUUUCAUAUCAGCGCUUGGAUGGAUCAAUAAAAGGAGAAACUCGAAAACAAGCGCUUGAUCAUUUUAAUGCUGAAGGAUCACAGGACUUCUGCUUUCUGUUGUCAACUAGAGCAGGUGGGCUUGGUAUUAAUCUUGCUACAGCUGAUACUGUUAUAAUAUUUGAUUCUGAUUGGAAUCCUCAAAAUGACUUACAAGCACAAGCUAGAGCUCAUAGGAUUGGUCAGAAAAACCAAGUUAAUAUUUACCGUUUAGUAACUAAAACUAGUGUUGAAGAGGAUAUCAUCGAAAGGGCUAAGCGAAAAAUGGUUUUAGAUCAUUUAGUAAUUCAAAGAAUGGACACAACUGGUCGCACAGUUAUGCAACCUAAUAAAGCACCUGGAAAUAGUGCAACACCUUUUAACAAAGAGGAAUUAUCAGCAAUUUUAAAGUUUGGUGCAGAAGAAUUAUUUAAAGAAACCGAUGAUGGAGAUGAAGAACCUCAGGUGGACAUUGAUGAAAUUCUAAGUAGAGCAGAAUAUAGGGAUGAUCAAGAUCAACCCAUGUCUGUUGGAGAAGAGCUUUUAUCAGCAUUUAAGGUGGCUAGUUUUAACUUUAAUGAAGAAGAAGUGAGCAUGCAAAGUUCUGGUGAUUCAAAAGAACAAUCAAAUGAAAAAGAUUGGGAUGAUAUUAUACCUGAAAAAGAGAGAAAACAGAUAGAAGACGAGGAGCGAGAAAGAGAAGAAUUAGAGCUUUACUUGCCUCCCAGGAGUCGAAAAUCUGUUAAAAAGGAAACCAAAAAUUCAGAUAGUGAGUCAGCCAGCGCUGGGUCAGAUAAUGAUGAUUCAGAUGAGGAUCGACCCAAGAAAAGAGGUCGGCCAAGAAUAGUUAAAAAUGAUGCUAUCAAGGACUUUACUGAUGUUGAAAUUAGAAGGUUUUUGAAAAGUUACAAGAAAUUUCCUUGUCCUCUCAAAAGAUUAGAGGCUAUUGCCAUGGAUGCAGAAUUACAAGAAAAACCAUUCAAUGAAUUGAAAAAAUUAGCAGACUUAAUUAAAAAUGGUUGUGAUAAGGCCAUGAAGGAAUUUGUGGAUAAGAAGGACGAAGAAGAACCAGCUGUGAAAAAAAGAGGAAGAGAAAAGGGUCCAUCAUUUAAAGUUGGUGGUGUUAACGUCAAUGCUAAGACUCUUGCUACAGUUGAGAGUGAGUUGGAACCUUUGGACAUCAUAUUGCCAUCAGAUCCGAAGGAAAGGAAAAGCUGGGUAUUGCGAGAGCAUGUUAAAGAUGCACAUUUUGAUGUUCCUUGGGGACCAGAGGAGGAUUCUCGACUUUUGAGAGGUGUCUAUGAGCAUGGCAUGGGAAGUUGGGAAUCUAUCAAAAUGGAUCCUAAUCUUGAUCUAGGAGAAAAGAUUUUACCUGAUGGAGAACAAAAGCCUCAAGCUAAAAAUUUACAGACUCGUGUAGAUUACUUAUUAAAAAUUUUGAAGAAAAUGACUCUUGUGUCGCCUGGUCAAGAAAUACCAAAAUCAAAACGUGGUCGUAAAGUAAAGACUGAAGAAGGUCGCAAAGUUAAGGCUCCCCGCAAAAGCAAGAUUGAAACAAAACAUAUUAGUAAAGCUAUUAUUGAUAACACAGAUAGUGAUGCUUCCGAUUCCUCCACCACUACUAAAGAGACUGAAAAGCCUGUUGUUAAGCUUGAACCAGCAUCUCCAGCUCCUAUUAAAUCAAUAGUUUUAAGUGAUAGUGAAUCUUCAUCAAAGAAAAAGAAAACAAAGAAAGAACCACCUGAGAAACCAAAACCACCAAAAGAAAAAGUAAGCUAUUAAGUUUUUGCAUAUUUU